CUCAGGGGGCUUUGCAGAAGUGCCUCGUGAUACCUUCUAUUCUCAGCACAGGUUAAAAUUAGAACUAGGCUGAUAUUACAUUGGCGUCUGAGUGAGAGUUUUAAAUGGUUUUAGCAGUACAGACAAGAUUCAUAACUUACCUCUGCUCCUGCCCAGAAAGCAAUGAGUCAUGGAAAAUGUUUGAAAAACCCAAAUAAAUUAGGAGGGUAACAUGGAGGUUCAGAGAGAGGUGUAAAGAGUUUAUAAAAGCCAUCUUCUAAGCUGGUACAGCUGGUACUGGUGCAUUGAGCCUGAAGUUCACAAUCAGACCCUGUGACUAAAUCAGAACAUGUAAGAAUCAUGACUGAGACUGCAGUUUGUGUUGGAUCAUUCACUGCUGUGAAGACCCUUUGGGAAGUGAGAAUACAGAAAAUAAAUGAUGAAUUACGUAAAGAAAAGGAAUUCAGACAGAGGUCUGCAGGAAGACUAAUACUUGUCUGGGAAGAGAAAGCCACUUUAGCAAAGCUUAAAGAAAAAGUUAGUAAUGAAGAUGGGAGAGCAAUUUUAAGGAUAGAGGAAGAAGAAUGGAAGACACUACCUUCUUGCUUACUGAAACUAAUCCAUCUCCAGGAAUGGCAUCUCCACAGAACUAGUUUACAGAAAAUACCUCAGUUCAUUGGGAGAUUUCAAAAUCUUGUUGUUCUGGAUCUAUCACGGAAUUCAAUUGAAAGUAUACCUAAAGAAAUUGGCCAGCUGACUAGCCUCCAAGAGCUGCUUCUCAGUUACAAUAGAAUUAAAUCUGUUCCUAAGGAAAUAAGUAACUGCAUCAGUCUGGAAAGAUUGGAACUGGCUGUUAACAGGAGUAUCUGUGAUCUUCCUCCUCAGCUCAGUGAUUUAAAAAAGCUUUCACAUGUUGACUUGUGCAUGAAUCGGUUUACUACCAUCCCUUCAGUUCUUCUCAAUAUGCCAAGUCUAGAAUGGUUAGAUAUGGGAGGAAAUAAACUCCAGGAGCUUCCUGAUGCAGUUGACAGAAUGGAAAAUCUGCAUACUUUAUGGCUCCAAAGGAAUGAGAUACACUCUUUGCCAGAAUCCAUUGGCAAUAUGAAAAACCUGAGUACGCUUGUUCUCAGCAACAACAGACUUAAGGAUAUUCCUGCUUGUAUGAAGCACAUGACAAAUCUAAGGUUUGUCAACUUCAGAGACAACCCACUGGAGUUGGAGAUAACACUCCCUCCAUGUGAGGAUGCAGAAGAGGAGGAGGAACGGGAAAAGUUUGGCAUUGAAUUCAUGCACUUGUAUAUUCAGGAAUCACUAAAGAAAGCAGAAAAUCUGGAAAGUUGCACUGUUGAUCCUUCUUCUACCACAAAUGCUAUUGAAUAAAGAAUGUAACCAUGAAUUGGAAGAAAGUAUCAAAUACACUUCUUCCUAACAACGGGUUCUACAAGAAAUUUCAAGUAUUCAAGUAUUUUCCCAUUGAUGAGAACUGGGUUGCAAAGUUGCAAUUCCCAGUGAAACUGGGAAAUUUAACACCUUUUCCUGGCUUCAGGAAAGACUUGAUCGGGUUUCCUGUAAGCACUGAAUGUGUGAGUAUGUUUUUAAUAAUCCAGUAAACUUUGUAAUUUGUUUUCUACCAAUUCCAAAUCUACUUCCUAUCACGUAGCUGGCUCUACUGCAUUGGGACAGCUGUCAAUAGUACAUUCUCCAAGGACACAGCAGGCUCUGUAUAAUGCUGUAAUGCAGCCUUAUAUCCUCUUUGUUGUAAAUAUUCAAUCCGUCCAUGGUCAAUCAACAGUUUACAGAGGCAACCUAUCUCCUUUCGCUCUUCAACAGUAAGUAGCCUAGUUUAAAAAAGAAAAAGAAAGAAAGAAAGAAAAAGGGCAGGGAGAAAAGGACAGCAUAUAUUAGAGGAAUAGUUUCAUUAACUAACUUUAGCAGUUAAGCUUAGAAAAAUAAAUCACUUUAAGUGCAUUUCAACUAAAGCAAACAUAGCUGUCUAAAUAGUUUGAAAUGUAUGUCCAUUGCAAAUACAAAUACAUCAGUAGCAAGAGGAGGACUAGAGAAAAUAUGGGCCCACUACUGAAUGGGGCGGAGGCCCUGGUGACAAGGGAUACAGAGAAGGCAGAAUUACCGAAUGCCUUCUUUGCUUCAGCCUUCACUGCUAAGGGCAGCCCUCAUGAAUCCUGUAGCCUGGACAUGAGGGAAAAAGUCCGGAGAAGGGAAGACUUUCCUUUGGUUGAGGAGGAUAGGACCAGAGACCUUCUGGGCAAGCCUGACAUUCACAAAUCCAUAGGCCCAGAUGAGAUGCACCCACGGGUACUGAAGGAGCUGGCAGAUGUUGUUGCCAGGCUGCUCUCCAUCAUCUUUGAAAAGUUACGGAGAACUGGAGAGGUGCCUGAGGACUAGAAGAAAGCCAUCGUCACUCCAGUCUUCAAAAAAGGCACGAAGGAGGACCCAGGCAACAAUAGGCCGGUCAGCCUCACCUCCAUCCCUGGGAAGGUGAUGGAACAGCUCGUUCUGAACGUCAUCUCCAGACAUAGGGAGGAAAAGAAGGUGAUCAGGAGUAGCCAGCAUGGAUUCACCAAGGGGAGAUCCUGCUUAACCAACCUGAUAGCCUUCUAUGAUGGAAUGACUGGCUGGGUAGAUGAGGGGAGAGCAGUGGACAUUGUCCACCUUGACUUCAGCAAGGCUUCUGACACUGUCUCCCAUAACAUCCUCCUAGAUAAGCUCAGGAAGUGUGGGUUAGACGAGUGGACAGUGAGGUGGAUUGAGAACUGGCUGAAAGGCAGAGCUCAGAGGGUCGUCAUCAGUGGCGUGGAGUCCAGUUGGAGGCCUGUGGCUAGUGGUGUCCCCCAGGGCCCAGUACUGGUUCAACUUCUUCAUCAGUGACCUAGAUGAGGGUACAGAGUGCCUCCUCAGCAAGUUUGCUGAUGAUACCAAGCUGGGAAGAGUGGCUGACACACCUGAGGGCUGUGCUGCCAUUCAGAGACCUGGACAGGCUGGAGAGCUGGGCAGAGAGGAACCUCCUGAGGUUCAACAAGGGCAAGUGCAGAGUCCUGCACCUAGGGAGAAAUAACCCUAGGCACCAGUACAGGCUGGAGGCUGACCUGCUGGAGAGCAGCUCUGCAGAGAAGGACCUGGGAGUGCUGGUGGGUGACAGGUUGACCAUGAGCCAGCAAUGUGCCCUUGUGGCCAUGAAGGCCAAUGGUAUCCUGGCAUGCAUAUUAGGAAGAGUGUUGCCAGCAGGUCAAGGGAGGAGGGAGCCCUGGUGAGGCCUCAUCUCAAGUCCUGUGUCCAGUUCUGGGCUCCCCAGUACAAGAGAGACAUGGAGCUACUGGAGAGAGUCCAGCGUAGGGCUACGAAGAUGAUCAGAGGGCUGGAGCAUCUGCCCUACGAGGAAUGGCUGUGAGAGCUGGGCCUCUUCAGCCUGGGGAAGAGAAGACUGAGGGGGGAUCUUAUCAAUAAGUACCUGAAGACAGAGUGGCUAGGGGACAGGCACAAACUCUUUUCAGUUGUCCCAUGUGACAGGACAAGAGGCAAUAGGCAGAACCCACAACUAUUUCAUCUAGCACGAUGCAUAAUUUUGCUUUUCUGUAAGAGUUCAUAUGCUAGAAAAAAAAAUCACCUACCGUUGCAGAGUAUCAGAA